AUGCCGCCCAAGAAACCCGGCCCCCCUAACACCUUCGGCACCGGCCCCGUCCGCCUCCGCCAAAUCGCCCUCGUAGCCCGCGACCUCGCGAAAGCCCGCCGUCUCCUCACAUACGUUCUUGGAACCGAAGUCAUCUACGAGGAUCCCGAGGUCGCGCAAUGGGGCCUCGCGAACAUUCUUGUGCCCGUCGGCGGUGAGAUUAUAGAGGUGGUCAGCCCGACUCGAGAUGGCACGACUGCUGGACGACUGUUGGAGAAGAAGGGCGUGGAUGAGGCGGGGUAUAUGAUUAUAAUGCAGAAUGAAGACGCGAAGAAGCGGAGGGAGUUUAUUGAAGAGAAAGAGAUGGCAAAGGUGAUCUUCUCGCAUGAGGUGAAGGGGAAGAGUGGAGAGGAAGAAGGGUGGUGUGUGCAGUAUCAUCCCAAGGGAAUCAGAGGAGGUGUGAUCCCGGAGCUGGACUCGCAUGCGCCGACGAAGAGUAACCCGGAGCCGCUGAGGACGCGGUUCUCGCCCUGGCAUCCUUGCGGUCCGGAUGUGGAGCGGUAUACGGCGAAGAUGAAGGAGUACAGGCAUUUGUCGUUGAUCGGCGCGGUGUGUCGGCUCGCACCGGGCGAUUGGGGCGCGGAGCUGGCGUCGACGCAGUGGGAGCAGACGUUUGGGAUUCCGAGGAGUCGGGAUCUGUGUCAGUUUACGAAUGCGAGGGUGGGUUUUGUGCAUGGGGAGGAGGGGGAGUUGGAGGGGAUGGUUAGUGUGUCGGUUGGGGUUGUUGGGGAGAGGCGGAGGAAGGCGAUCUUUGAUCGGGCGAGGGAGAUGGGGGCGUUGAAGGAAGAGAGGGAGCGGAGGUAUGUUGAUAUGGUUGGGGUGAGGUGGAACUUCUCGUUGACAGGGGAGGAUGAGUGGGAGGGAUCUAGGUUGUGA